GAGGCCACACUAUAGGAGUUGGACACUGUGCCAUCAUCAACAACAGGCUCUACAACUUCACAGGAAAGGGCGACUCGGACCCUUCAAUGAACUCCACAUACGUCGCCUUCCUCAAAACGAAGUGCCCAUCGCCACCCAACCCAAACAUCACGGUUGAAAUGGACCCAAAGAGCUCUCUCUCCUUUGACAACGAUUACUUCAAAAUCCUCAAGCAAAAUAAGGGCCUCUUCACAUCCGAUGCUGCACUUUUGACGUCGAGAGUAACGCGAAAAUUGGUGAAUGAAUUGCAAAAUUCGAAUGACUUCUUUACUGAGUUCAAGAAGUCGAUGAAGAAGAUGGGGGACAUUGGUGUGCUCACAGGAAAUGUAGGAGAGAUUAGGAAGAUAUGCAGUAAAAUAAAUUCCUAG